CAAACGAUAAAUAGCAAGUCGUCCUGCUCGGAGGAGGGAAAGAGAGAGAGAUUGCAGAAUACCAACACCAAUGGCUUCGUUGAUUAACAAGCCCUUGACGUCUCUCUGCAACUCCAACUCCAACUCCGAUUUGUGCUUCGAAACUCGGUUGCCCAGUCGAUGCCGAGUCGGAUUCACCUCCCCGAGCCUCAAAAGGUCCGGAAAGUUCUCUUAUCCGAUAGUCUGCAGAGCCGUGUCCGUCAAGCCCCAAACCGAGAUUGAAGGCCUCAACAUUGCCGAAGAUGUUACUCAGCUCAUUGGGAAAACUCCAAUGGUGUAUUUGAAUAAUAUCGUAAAGGGGUCUGUUGCGAACAUAGCUGCCAAACUUGAGAUCAUGGAGCCAUGUUGCAGUGUCAAGGACAGGAUAGGAUACAGUAUGAUAACUGAUGCAGAGCAGAAGGGUCUUAUAACACCUGGGAAGAGCAUUCUUGUGGAACCUACUAGUGGUAACACUGGCAUUGGCCUUGCAUUUAUAGCUGCUUCAAAAGGAUAUAGACUCAUCCUGACAAUGCCAGCAUCAAUGAGUCUGGAAAGAAGAGUUCUAUUGAAAGCUUUUGGAGCUGAACUUGUUUUGACUGAUUCUUCUAAGGGCAUGAAGGGCGCAGUUCAGAAAGCUGAAGAAAUUUUGAAUAGCACACCAAAUGCCUACAUGCUUCAGCAAUUUGACAAUCCUGCAAAUCCAAAGAUUCACUAUGAGACAACUGGUCCAGAGAUCUGGGAAGAUACAAGAGGCAAGGUGGACAUUUUUAUUGCAGGGAUUGGCACUGGUGGUACGAUUUCUGGGGUUGGACAGUUCCUUAAACAGAAAAAGCCUAGCAUUAAGGUUAUUGGUGUGGAGCCCUUAGAGAGCAAUAUACUUUCUGGUGGGAAGCCUGGUUCUCACAAAAUUCAAGGAAUUGGAGCAGGUUUCAUACCCAGAAAUUUGGAUCAGGAUGUGGUUGAUGAAGUCAUUGAGAUAUCCAGCGAUGAAGCUGUUGAAAUGGCAAAACAACUGGCACUCCAGGAGGGCUUGUUGGUUGGAAUCUCUUCUGGAGCAGCAGCAGCUGCUGCACUUAAGGUCGGAAAAAGACCUGAGAAUGCAGGAAAGCUUAUUGCGGUGGUUUUUCCCAGCUUUGGCGAGCGGUAUCUCUCCACUGUUCUCUUCCAAUCAAUACGCGAGGAGUGCGAGAAAAUGCAAGCUGAACCCUAAAAACGUAUAUGGCAUCGAGGAGCCGAUGCCCUGGUACUAAUUUAUUUUAUUUUAUUUUUCUCUUUUAAGGAUUUUACUCUCAUCUUAUUCGUCCGGCUCCAGAGUGGGGCCAUAGCUGGGGCCUGGGCUGACAAUCUACUCUUUGUAUUGGUUGUUCAUGUUUUGAUUUGAGAGGUUACCCAAAUCCUCCUGUAAAUUGAGAUCAAGAAGCCAUUGUUACCUCAAAUGAUAUUCAUAUAUAAUUGAUCUCUGAAAGGGUUCAAAUGAA